UCUGAACUAAGAGGAAAUAAAAGAACCAAAGCAAAACAAAAGGAAUCCAACUAAAAGCAUGUAUCAAUGUUUGCUUUAUUGGCAGUUUUAACUCUGAGGCUUUUACUCGACAGAUUAAUCAAAGACAUUUCAAACCAAAGUAUUGAUGGAGGAAUUCGACUCCAACAGUUCGGUCCAGCCUGGAGGCAGCCAUGUCGAUUCAGCAUCUGGAGCAUCUGGAUCUGGGAAAACCACGGCCAGGAAAGAACGGCUGAAAAGCAAUGUGGCUGUUAAAGCAAAGAAAGCCAAAAAGACCCCACCGUUCCACUUCCAACAGCCCACCUUCAACGGGCCAGGGGAAGACAUCGUGUUUUUUGGGAUAGAUGAUUCGACUGAUUCUGACGACGUUCCUUGGUCAGAAGACAGUGAAAUAGUGUCCAAAGCAAAGUCGCCUAAGAAAAAGAAAUCAGUCUCUCAGGAAAAACCUCAGCUGAAAAGGAAACCAGUGAAAAAUAAACCUCCUGUUGUGUCCCCGGAUCAGGAGAAAGAAAGGAAGAAGCCUCCUGUCCAUGCGGCCGAGUCUGAGGACAGGUGGGGACAGCAUUUACCAGAGGAGGUGCUGGUCUACAUCUUUCAAAUGGUGGCUGCUGAAGACGGGGCGGUGCCUUUCCUCUGCAGGGUCGGACGAGUUUGUCGUCUGUGGAACGCCGCUGCCUCCACCCCGAUUCUGUGGAGAAAAGUGACCGUAGGUUACUGUUGGUAUCAGCCAGCAAAGAAAUUGUUGGCAAAGACGAGAGACAGGAUCAAGGAGACCGUGGCCUGGCUGACGGAAAACAGGUUCUCACAGCUGCGGGAUUUUACUCUCUGUCACUGGGCAAAGAAUGUUGACUUCACCUUAGAGAGCAUUUCGAAGUUUUGUCCCCACCUUCAUUCCCUCCACCUGUCGUACUGCAAAGGUCUGACGGCGAGCGGGAUGCACAGCCUGGGUCUGCACAGCCGCUCCCUGCAGACCAUCAAUCUGCAGCACUCGCAGGUACAUGUGUAAUCCUGUUUUCCCGCUUUGUUCCAGAUCUUCCGGAUGAUGAACAUCCAGAUUACGGAGAAGGUGAAUCGUAAGAUAGACGAGUCCGAGUGCGGUUUCCCUCUUCUGGACGAGUUUUGUGUCACCAACGCUGCACAUUCCUACAUGACGGACGAAGUUCUGCUGGAUACUCUGUUCGGUUCCACCAAACUGCGAGUGCUGGACCUACGUGGGGCUAAGCGGAUUACAACCAGUGGGCUGGCAGAGCUGCCGUCUCAAGAGCUUGAGUGCCUUUUCUGGGGCGUGUAUUUCACCAACCCCUAUGGAAUCAAGGACAACCUCCACCUGCUGAUAGAGAAGUGGGGUCCUACGCUCCGGCAGCUCGACAUCACCAAUCAGCCUUUUACUGAGGCCGACCUGGAGGGCUCGCUGAGACUCCUCUCUCAGUUGUCUGAUGCAAACACGCUCGUCUCACUGAACCUCACCGGCACCAAGGUCACGGCGAAGGCGCUCAGGUAAAACCGCCAUCAUUUCUAUCUGAACUUUUACAAAUAAAGGGAUAAAAAAAUAAAUAG